ACGGUUUUAGUAAGGAUUCUACACAAUGUUUGAUAAAUGAGAUCCCACAGUUUGCGUGGAAAGUUGCUUACGCAGUUUUCCGACACUGUUUUGUGCGUAAGCAAGCUUGAUAAAUGAGGCCCCUGGUUCCUGCAGCAGUCUUGUCAUUCUGCUUCCUUCUUGGAGUUCCUGGAAAAAUGUUUGGCAUCAUCCUUAAACCUAACUGGAAGCAUUUAUCCAGUCUGAGCCAGAGUUUGCUGCUGAAUCUGGCCAUCUGUGACCUGCUGGUAAUGCUCGCCCUUCCGGUAUGGAUUUACUCUUUUUUUCCAUGGCUGGAUCUUUGCUGUGGUGGCCUGUAAGCUUUUAGCAUAUACCGAGUACCCCACCAUUUAUGCAGCCUAUUUCUAUGGCUGAAAUUUUCAUUUAAUAUAAUAAUAAGAGUCUGAAACAAAUCUUACCUGUGUUGUUGUUGCUGAUCAUGGAGAUCUGAUGGUAUCUUUAGAACAUGGGGUGUGUACUCUGGAGCAGUUUGUAGUGUGAAACAGCCACCGUGAGAGUAAACUCCUUCAAGUCCAGGGCCAUGGUUCUCAGUUGGGAUGAUUCAAAGGUCAGUCUCUGCCUCUAAAGUUUGAUAUUUAGCAGAAAGCAGCAAGACAUGAAGAGAUUCAUUAACAUAAAUCAGGGUUGGCUGGACUCCGCUUCAGAUUUAGGGUGAGAAACUCAGAAGAAGACACAAAGAACUGCUGAUCCUUUGUAUUAAAAUUAAAUUAAAAUCUCGUCUACACACGUCAUCUAGAAUCUUCUUGCCGUAACUGGCGACAGCCAUGAAAGUCGAAGUGGUGAGAAAGUAACUUUUGUGUUUUGAAAAUGGGCUGCAGUAACCAAAUUUGACCACAAGAUGGCAUUAGUGUUUCAUUCUUAUAUAAUGCACGUUUAAAAAGUUCUGUAUAACAAAGUUUUACUUACAUAGAUUUGUUCAGAUUUAAAGCCAUUGUUUGUUAAAUGAAAGGGCCAAAAAUGCAAAAGUGAUGGAUAAGGUUUCUGUCUCUUUCCAUCUACAAUUUCCUGUUUUUUUAAAAGUUCCUCUUUGGUAUAAAACAAAAGACACGUUUACCACUGUCAGUAGCUCAGAACAAAUCGUCACACAAUGGAUCAACCAAAUUCCACCAUGGCUACUUUCAACUUCACCUCUUCUGCAGGACCUCAUCCUUCCUGGGACUCCAGCGGUCUGGUUCCUGCGGUGAUGUUGUCCCUCGUCUGCGUUUUGGGAGUUCCUGGAAACAUCGCUGUGAUCAUUCUUAAGCCCAACUUUGCGAGAAUGUCCAGUCUGAGCCAGUCUUUGCUGCUAAACCUGGCCAUCUCUGAUCUGCUCUGCCUGAUGACCCUUCCUCCGUGGAUUUAUGCUUUCCUGUACGGCUGGCACUUUGGCGUGGUCGCCUGUAAGCUUCUAGCAUACGUUGAGUGCUGCACCAUUUACGGUAGCCUUCUCACUGUGACCGGACUAGGCAUUCAACGCUACCUUGUUGUCGUGCACCGGCAGAGCUGUCAACAGACUGGACUGCUGCUGGCUCUGCUCUGGCUGGUGUCUUUCACCCUGUCCACUCCGUCUUUGGUGACUCGAAGCGUUAAAAAUCAACUGUGGCCAGACUGUCAAGACCAGUACUCUUCUGAUUCCCAACAGAUAGCUUCACUGAUGACAGAGACCACGUUUGGAUUUCUUUCCUUUAUUAUUGUGGCUUUUUCAUACAUUCAGAUCAAGAGAACUGUUAACCAGUCAGCCUUUUUCAAAUAUCCACAGACGACCAGACUGGUUACCAGCAUCAUCGUAAGCUUAUUUGUCCUGUGGGCUCCAUACCACAUUGUAAACAUUUUGGGUGUGGUUGCCAUUUGCCUCAAAAAUGAAAGCCUUUUGAAGUUUUAUAAAGACACAAAGAACAUUGUAGGAUCGGUAACAUUCACAAACAGCUUCCUGAAUCCAUUCCUGUAUGCUUUUGCAUCUGGUAAAAUCAGCAUGAGCUGUCGAAAACAUAAACCAGUAACGCAAAUGGAAACAAUCUCUCAGGUAACAGAAGUUUCUACAGUUGCAGAACUUUGCCAGUGACAAUAUUUAGAAAUGUCAUUUCUCACUGCGUAAAAGAUGAUGAUGGUGUGGGUUUGGAACAGUUCUUGAAGUUGAAGAAAGUAAGUGCUGGUACUACCAUUAAGAGAGACAGAAUAUUUGUUCUGUAGUUUUGGAAAUGUCAACUGAUAAACUGCACGAAAAAGUGUCGGCAUGUGCGGGUACCAGAAGUUCAAAAUAAAAUCGGUUAUAUGAUGUAAUCAUCUAUUUGUCACAACACGACUUACAUAAUACACAUUUUAAUGAUUUAUUGCGAUGUAAAAAUACUUUUUUUAAUUUAAU